AUGAAAGCGAUACACAUUACCGAAUUCGUCCAGGCCAACUCAGAGCUGCGCGUAACAGAGAUCCCCGCUCCGGUACCUGACCCAGAUAAAGUCCUCGUCAACAUCACCCACAGCGCUUUGAACCACGUCGACCUCCUGUAUGCUCGAGGGAAGCACCAGAACAACCACAUCGGCCUGGUCAAGCCGCCAUUUGUCCUGGGCAUAGAGUUCGCUGGUACAGUUGCCUCGGCACCACGAGGCUGUUUGUUCAAGACGGGCGACCAUGUUUGGGGGACCGGCGUAGGUGGGUUUGCUGAGCAAAUCGCCGUUCCUGCUUCGGCUCUGUUCAGGCUACCUACCGGAUGGACGUUACAUGAUGCGGCGGGGCUAGGCGCUGGUACUGCUCCCGUAAGUUACGGUGCUAUGAUCAGAACCGCGGGAGUCAAGGCGGGCCAGACCGUGCUUGUACAUGCUGCGGCUGGAGGGUUGGGAGUUGUUGCCGUGCAGAUCGCUCACGCGGUCGGAGCGCGGGUCAUUGGGACAGUGGGUAGUGAGGAGAAGGCCGAGGUUGUCCAGAAGCUGGGCGUGCUAGGAGUGGUAAGGUAUGAUAGAGACGGAUGGGAGAAAGACGUGCUGAAACUCACAAAUGGUGUCGGCGUCGACUCUGUGUACGAUACUGUCGGCCUGGUAGAGAAGAGCAUCCGGUGUUUGAAAUUUGGAGGCAAUAUCGUCAUCGCUGGUUUUGCCGGCCUCGGUGGGAAAAUGGAGACACUUGCUAUGAACAGAGUGCUGCUGAAGAGCGCCAAAUUGUUAGGAUACCGAUUCGGCGAAACCGGAAGACGAGACCCCGCCGAGAAUGAGGAAGUCUGGAGGGGCCUCAACGAAAUGCUCGAAAGCGGAAAAAUCAAGCCUGUCGUCUGUGCUACGUAUCCUGGGCUAGAAAGCGUCCCAAAAGCCCUCGACGACCUUGCUUCACGGAGAGUCUGGGGCAAAGUUGUCAUCGAGAUUCAACGUUCGAGGGUAGAGCUACAGGCCAUGUUAUAA